AUGAAAAUUCUUGGACUUCCUUGUGGCAAGCAACGAGGAAUUCACGGUCCAGCAGUCAAUGUUCCCUCUAAGUUACACGUCGUAUGUGAUCAAUUUCCUCGGUUGCCCUCUGAAUGUCAGUUGAUUCCAUUGAAGUUAAAACGUAAAUUGUCCUACACAUCGCAUUACCUGUAUGAUUAUGUGCGAAUUGAUAAAGUCAUAUGUGCACUGAAAUGGUUGAAAAUUAACAAUUUCUUGUAUAAAGAUAUCAUUAUCAACGACAAUUAUAUUGAACAUGCUUCAAAAAAUGACGAGGAAUUGUGGAAUGCUAUGUUUAUCGACCUCAACGAUGACAUGCAGUUAAAUUCUAAUGAAUCGGUCAAAAACAUUCCCGUAGCACCAGAUAUUCAAACAACGUGUGCUUCUCGCCAUUCCUCUGAUAGCGAGAAAAAGCGUAGUUCAACAAACUCAUCAUCCACAAAUGUUUCGUAUUCGCCGACAUGUACGGGUAGCGUUUCGAGUCGCAAUUUAUGGAACACUUCGCAAACGCAGGGAAUGAAAAUGAUAAACGUUCCAUCAGAUGGAAAUUGUCUAAUUGGACAACAACACUACGUUGUAUUUGAACCUGAAUCACAAUAUUCAGAUUCGAACACAGACAGUUAUUCAAAAAUGGAACUUAUGGAUAUCAGUCACAAAAUUCAAAGAUGUAAGGUUACAAAAAGUAAUUCCCCCGAAAUAAGCAGCGCAGUAAUUGAAAAUAAAGAGGAUGAGAUUGAUUUAAAACAUUCAACAAGUGUCCGAGGUUUACAGUAUGAAUCAACGGUUGUCAAUGAUGACAUCAGUAAUAAAAUUAUCAGUAUGGCUCCCGCUGAAGAUGAAAAACCGAUUCCAUUAUUGGCCGAUGAUAAAUUCGAACAACUAGCAUAUCCAUCAUUAUAUCCGGAUGGAAAUAAUGGUUUCAGUACUGAUCGUGUUGUUCCAAUCACUCCGCAAUGCUUGUACAAAGAUGUACUAUUGUCCCCGGCACAGCCAUUGGGUCAUAUUACUGAUUAUGUGAUUCGGAUAGAAUUUCAAGCCAGAGGUUCCCCUCAUGCCCAUAUGUUGCUUUGGGUUGACAAGGCCCCAAAGUUGGGCAUUCAAACUGAUGAAGAGGUGUGCGCGUUCAUUAGCAAGCACGUUGCUUGUUCAUUUCCUGUUGACGACCUCCCAUUGAAAGCCCUCGUUCAGGAUUUACAGACACACAGUCAUUCUUCCUAUUGCAGGAAAAGUGGUGGAUGUAGAUUUAAUUACCCAAAACCACCGAGUGAAAAAGUAAUAAUUGCAAAAGAAGUCGAGGAGGAUGAGAGUAAAUUAAUGACCCAGUCUAAAAUUGUUUUAAAAAAAGUCCGUGAUACGCUAUCUUCGUCGUACCGAGACACCAGUUCGGAUGUAAGUAUGGACGAUUUACUACAAAAUAUUGAUAAUCAACAAUAUCGGCAGGCACUUUGUAUGUCACAAAAAGGCAACACUGUUAUCCUAGCCAGAAAGCCGGCGGAGUGCUUCAUCAACGCAUAUAACCCCGUGAUAUUGAAGGCAUGGCAAGCCAAUAUGGAUAUCCAGUAUGUUGUUGAUCCUUAUGCAUGUGUCAUGUAUGUCGCAUCGUAUAUGAUGAAAAGUGAACAGGGAAUGGGGUUGCUAUUAAAACAUGCAUGCAAAGAAUAUAAGGAUUUUGAUAUAAAAAAUAUGCCUAGGCGAAUAAGCUCUGUCUUUUUAAAUAAUCGAGAACUAAGUACACAGGAAGCAUGUUAUCGUAUCUUAUCCAUUCCAAUGAAAAAAAUGAGUAGAUCUGUUAUUUACAUAAACACUGAUCCUGUUGCAGAACGACAGUGUAUCUUAAAAUCAAAAAAAGAACUGGAGAAACUGGAAGACGAAGAUAGUGACAUAUUUCAAAAAAAUAUACUUGACCGAUACUCGGCGAGGCCGAGUAGCUUGGACAAUGUGUGUUUAGCAACUUUCGUUGCAAAUUAUGCAGUGAGUUAUCGAAAAAAUGACAAACACGUCGAUGACAGCGUAAAAGAUUUGUUGCACGACGAUCACGGGAAUAAGGAUCUUCAUUAUGAUUUACCCCAGCAUAUUGUACUGAGACGCGGCCUUGGGAAAAUGAGUAAAAGAAGAAGAGAAUGUAUAAUUCGUUUUCGAAAACAUAACAAGGAAACUGAUUUCAACAAUUUUUGCCGUGCCAAAUUGAUGUUAUACCUCCCGUGGCGUUCAGAGGAGCGCGACCUGUUGGCGGACCAUCCAACAUAUUCAUCUUAUUAUUUGGAAAUACAAGACAAAUUGUCUGCUGUGGAAUCACGGUAUUGCAACAAUGUGGAGUUAGUUGAUUCAUCUGUUCACAAAAAUUCAGUGAGCGGUCCUCCUCUUCAUUUGUGGGGCGAUCUUGGCAUGGAAAGUGACCUUUCAAAUCAACAAGAUAAAUCGGAAGGUGAUACACCUUACACCACCAUGAUAAGAGAGGAUCUUGCUGCCAACUCAGCGAUCAUUGAGAGUGUCGAACGUGUUGCCGUUCCCAAAAGUGACAUAGGUGCGAGAUACAAAAUCGAAAAGAACAGAAAUGUAUUGUCUACAUCUGAAUAUUGUAAUAUGAUACGCUGCUUGAAUGAGAAGCAAAAGGCUAUAGUAUUCCAUCACAGGAAGUGGUGCAAGGAUGCCGUUAUUGCAAUUAAACAAAACGGUUCUGUUGAACCAUAUAGAAUUUUCUUAAGUGGUCCUGGUGGAGUAGGGAAAUCACAUGUGAUAAAAUUGAUUCAGCACGAUACAAGAAGAUAUUUCGCUCUUUCAAGAACUGUCGAUCCGAAUGAUGUAACUUACCUCCUUUGUGCUCCAACAGGCGUUGCUGCAUUCAACAUAGAUGGUAUAACUAUACAUUUUGCACUACUGUUAACAAAUAGGAAAGCUAGCAGUGGACACGACGGCAUAUCCUUCGAAAAACUGAAUACUUUGCGAUCUCAUCUUGGCAGAUUACGUGUAUUAAUUAUCGAUGAAAUCUCCAUGGUAAGUUCAGACAUGCUUUUAAACAUUCACAAACGCCUGCAAGUGAUCAAGGGAAAUGCGGCUCCAUUUGGAAACGUUUCUGUUUUAGCAGUCGGUGAUUUGUUCCAAUUGCCUCCGGUCUGUCAGCCUCAAAUAUUUUGUCCUGUUUCUGAUGAAACUAUGCGCCUGGGUCGGUCUCUUUGGAAUGAUUAUUUCCACUGGCACGAAUUAGAUGAAAUUAUGCGCCAAAAAAACGAUAGAAAUUUUGCAGAAUUGUUAUGUCGGAUUCGAUUGGGAAAUCAAACACGAGCCGACAUAGAUACACUGCGCACAAGGGAGAUUCAUCUUUCCGAUCUCAACUAUCCAGAGGAGGCAUUGCACGUUUUUGCUUACAACAACGACGUAGAUAACUGGAACUUAUUCAAACUGAAUAAGUUGAUUCAAAGUGGGCCCGAAAAAAUUGUGAUACCGGCCAUAGAUGACAAAAGGGAGGGGUUGUCUCUAAUUAGUUUGCGUGCAUCUGGUUUAAAGUUAAAAAGAUGCAAAACCGGCGGUUUGCACACCGUCUUGGAAAUUGCUGUUGGGUGUAGAGUCAUGUUGCUUUAUAAUAUAGACACGAGUGACGGUUUGGUGAAUGGAGUAAUGGGUACCGUUCAAUAUAUUGCAAAAAAUGACAAAGAAUUUGUAAUCAGCAUUUUGAUUAAGUUUGACAACGAUAAUGUUGGACGAAAAGCUAUGGCUAAGAGUAGAUGGAAAAGGCAACACCCCCUCCUCGUGCCGAUAACACGCAGGGAAGCCAAAUUCGAAAAGGCAUAUGGCAAAGGAGCACAAGUUUCCCGAUACCAGUUUCCGUUGACGCUUGGUUGGGCCGUCACAAUUCACAAAUGUCAAGGUAUUACUUUAAAUAAGAUUGUCGUCAACACAAAGGGAAAGAAAUUUGGCUGUGGGCAAGUUUAUGUCGCUUUGUCCCGGGUUAGAAAGUUGGAAAAUUUGUAUCUGACUGAUUUUGAUCCCUGUACUAUCCGAUGUAGUUCUGAAGUGAUGAAUAACAUGCGUACAAUGCCCAUAGCACACCAACGUCCACCCACAUUGACAGAUUUAAAUAAAUCAAAUUGGUUAACGAUAGGUCAUUUAAACAUAAGGUACUUUUUAAAGAAGAUGGACGGUAUAGUUUCUUAUACAGAGGGUGAAAUUUUUCGUCAUGCUGAUAUUUGCUGUUUCACAGAAACAUAUUUGACGGAACGCCACAACAUAGACAAAUUCACCAACAAAUUUGACUACGUUUCCUUUAGAGAAGACGUACCCAGUGAACAAAAUCAUGGUGGAAAGCACGGAUUAUUAGUCUGUGCUUCGCGAAAGCUGAACCCAGUUGAAAUAAAAACAUCUUCGAAUGUGCUUGAGCAUAAAAUGAUUCGACUGAAAACUUCCACGAAUAAAGAAUUCACUUUGUUGUUAAUUUACAGACCACCGAGUUUUCCGCAGUUGGAAUUUCUUAACAUAUUGUCUGAAUUAAUGACCUUCAUACCACAAGGAGCUCCAACAUUCAUCUUGGGAGAUUUUAAUGAUAAUAUUUUCCAUAAUCGAUCAUCUUCUAUCAUGGAAAAAAUGAAUGAGCUUGGUUUCCGACAAUAUAUUCCCACCAAUCGCGCGACCACAGAUUAUGGGUCUUUGCUUGAUCACAUGUAUUUUAAUAGAAAUUGUACGGAUGACAGCAUUGUUGUUGAUAUUGUGGACACGUAUUAUUCGGAUCAUGACACAGUGUUUAUAACAACCAAUUACCUAACCACAUAG